AUGUCGUUACAAGCAGACGCCCCGCCUGCUCCAGACGGCACAAUCGUCUUUUUUCACCCGGAUUUGGGGAUUGGUGGCGCUGAGCGGCUGGUUGUCGAUGCGGCGGUUGGGCUGCAGCAGCGCGGACACCACGUUGUCAUUUUUACGAAUCAUUGCGAUCGUAACCACUGCUUUGACGAGUGUCGCGAUGGCACCCUCGAUGUCCGCGUCCACGGCGAAUGGCCCAUCCCCAUGUCCAUCUUCAACCGCCUCACCAUCGUCUGCGCCAUCCUGCGCCACAUCCAGCUCCUCGUCCAGAUCGCGCUCUCUGGCGAACUGAAAGCUCUCAAGCCCCGCGCCUUUGUCGUCGACCAAUUAUCCGCCGGUCUUCCGCUCUUGCGAUUCAUCGCCCCCGAUGCGCCGAUUCUUUUCUAUUGCCACUUCCCAGAUCUCUUGCUCGCGCAGGGACGGCAAUCUGCGUUAAAACGACUCUACCGACUGCCUUUUGACUGGAUUGAAGAGUGGUCCAUGGGAUUCGCGCAAGCUGUUGCUGUCAACUCCGAAUUUACAAAGGGUAUUGUGGCGAGGACGUGGCCACGGUUGAAGGAAAAGGUGGACACGAAAGUUGUGUAUCCAUGCGUGGACACAACGGUCGAUUCAUCAGCGAAUGAUGAAGCAUCGCUAAGCGGCAGUCCCAAGGUUAUUCUCAGCAUCAAUCGAUUCGAGCGGAAAAAGAAUAUUGGGCUGGCUGUCAAGGCCUUUGCUGCCAUUCCUGAGGAGGACCGCCGAUGGGUGCGUCUUGUUCUAGCAGGCGGUUACGAUCCCCGAGUCGCCGAAAACGUCGAAUACCACACCGAGCUCGAAGCCCUCGCCACCUCCCACUCUCUCAAACAUCACACCCUCACAUCUUUCGACGCCGCCUCUUUUUCCUCCAUCCCCCACGAAACCUCCGUCCUCUUCCUCCUCUCUAUACCAAACCCCACCAAGACCUUAUUCUUGGGUGUAGCCCGCCUAUUAGUCUACACUCCAUCCAACGAGCAUUUUGGCAUUGUGCCCCUCGAGGCCAUGCUUGCCCGUGUACCCGUCCUCGCCGCCAACACGGGCGGUCCUGUUGAGACGAUCCAGGACAUGAAGACUGGCUGGUUGCGCGAUCCGGAAGAUGUUGACGCGUGGUCGGCUGUCAUGCUUAGCGUGCUGAGAAUGCCUGACCAAGAUGUUCGUCGAAUGGGCGCUGAUGGCGAAGAGCGUGUGCGGUCUCUUUUUGGGCGCGAUAACAUGGCUUUGCGGCUUGAAACGUCUAUAAAUGAGAUACUUUCUCAGAAGUAUGCCCGGCCAUCUUUGUUAAUGCCACUUAGUAUCGUGAUUUCUCUUUUGUUAGCAGUAUUGGCGAUUUACAUCCAGAUUUCAUAA